CUCAAGUUUUGGAGGUGCGCGCGCGCGAGAUUGUCGAAGAAGUUGACUUCGUGGUUUAUUUGAAUUUUUUUCUUUCGUGAAACAAAAAGAGGGGGCACGGCUUACCCUUCUGGCAAAGACAUUGUGGUUGCUGUAUAAAAAGGAAGGUGAUCACCACAGAAGGCAUCAUUCGCUUCGAAACCGUUCAAGCUUAAAUUUCCCUACACAAACCAACAAAUAUACCAAAAAAUCUCAACAAUGGCAUUCAAGUUGGUUGCUUUCCUCGCCACCCUCGCUGUUGUGCGUGCUGGGCUCAUUGAUGCCCCUGGACAUCUCGCCUACACCGGUGGACAUCAUGGUGUCCAUGCUUACAGCCAUUCCCUGCCAGCUGUGCAUUCCGUGCACGCUGCUCCCGUUGUGCACGCCGCCCCAGUUGUGCACGCCGCUCCCCUUGCCUAUGCUGCCCACUCCUAUGCUCCCGAUCACCUUGCCUAUGGUGCCCAGCACCACACCGUCCUCCGUUCCCACCACGGUACAGCUGCCGUCUAUGGCAAGACUGUUGCCUCCCCCUACUCCCACGUCUCUAAGUACGUGAGCCGCGUGGACACCCCACAUGCCGUUGUUGCCCAUCACGCACCAGCUGUUGUUGCCCACCACGCUCCAGCUGUUGUUGCUCACCACGCUCCUGCCGUUGUUGCCCACAGCGCUCCAGCCCUCUACAGCCAUGCCCACCACACCCCAUCCCUCUAUGCUGCUCAUGCUGGACACCAUGCCUAUGCUUAUGCUGCACCACAUGCCGUGCACUACUCCCCAGCUCACGCUGUGUCACAUGCCAGCUUCCACGGUCUUGGUGCUCAGUAUGCCUGGUAAAUUCCUGAUGCCAAAUUUAAACAUUGUGCCUGAAUGAGAACGACCUCAUGACCAUCCCUGUAUUUAUUUUUUAAAACAUGAAAUAAAUAUUAUACAGUUGAGAAUUUAAAAAAAAA